AUGGCUGCUACGGAUACUGGUUUAUCUCAGGUUGCAAGUUCUAAAUUAAAGAGGAAUUCAGAUGAUAUGGGCUGGGAAUUUGCUGUGCUGAUUGAUCCCAAUGAUCCACAAAGAGUCAAGUGCAAGCUUUGUGGAAAAGAAAUGUCGGGAGGUGUGACCCGGAUGAAGGAACACAUUGCCCAGAUCAGAGGUGGUGUGAAGCCUUGUUUGAAUGCCACACCAGAUCAACAAGCUCGGUGUAAGGCGGCAAGUGAGGCACCAAAGAGGAGGAAGAUUGAAAAGCAAAAGCAAGAAGAAGAAGUAAGAGCUGCUGUGAACAUAGAGGUUGUUAAUGAGGAUGCUCAAGAAGAGCUUAAUGAAGUUGGCAAAGGUGAUCCGAAGAAGGGGCCUAUGGAUCAAUUUCUUGCUCCAAUCGAUCCUUCAAUUCCGUUGAACAAUAAAAAACAUCAGCAGAAUAUAAAUGAUAGUGUUGAUAAGGAGAGAAGCUAUCGAGUGGGGCAGUACUUGGCUAGAUGGUUGUAUAAGAAAAAUGUACCCUUCAACGCUAUAAAUGAUGACGACUUCAAACAGUUUUGUGAGGCUCUUGGUCGCUAUGGUCCUGAUUGGAGGCAACCUUCUCAGUACAUGAUUCGAGAGAAGAUGUUGUCGCAAGAGGUGGACAGAACUAGGGAUUUGUUGAAGCCACAUGACAUUGAGAGGGCGAACACUGGGUGCUCUAUCAUGACCGAUGCUUGGACAGACAAGAAAAGGAGGAGCAUCAUGAACUUGUGUGUGCAUUGCAAGUUAGGGACUGUCUUUCUUGGAUCAAAGGAGGCAUCAGCGGAUGCACACACAAGUUUGUACAUCUUCAAUUAUGUGGAUGAAUGCAUUGAGAAAAUUGGUGCUGAUAAUGUUGUGCAAGUAGUCACUGAUAAUGCAUCAAACAACAUGGGAGCAAAGGUGAUGUUGAAGGAUAAAAGGCCCAAGAUUUUUUGGACCUCAUGUGCAACUCACACCAUCAAUUUGAUGGUAGAAGCAAUUGGGAAGUUGAAGCAGUUUGCUCCUGUAAUUACCAAAGCCAAAGAGAUGACUAUUUUCCUUUAUGCACAUCAUGCCACAUUGGCUCUCAUAAGGUUUCAUACAAAAAAGAGAGACAUUGUUAGGCCUGGAGUGACUAGAUUUGCUUCAGCGUUUCUUACCUUGCAAAGUCUUGCUGCGAAGAAGAAGCAACUAAAGGAGAUGUGUUGUACUGAUACUUGGGAAGAGUGCAAGCCCACCAGAACAAAGAAAGGAAAGUAUACUCAUGCCACAAUAAUGAGUAGGGCAUUUUGGAAAAAUGUAUCCCUUUGCAUUAAGGUAUUCUGGAAGGUUUUCGAGCCAUUGGUGAAGAUACUUCGGUUGGCUGAUGGUGAUGGACAGUCCAUGGCCUCUAUGUAUGGAGAAAUAAUAGAGGCAAAGAAGGCAAUAAUGAUUGCGGUUGAAAACUCAGAGAAGGACUACAUGGUGAUCACAACAGCUAUGGAGAGCAAGAUGAAUGGGAGACUAGAUACACCGUUGCACAUGGCGGGAUAUGCCUUAAAUCCUUACUAUAGUUAUGCUAACACAAGCAUCUUUAGUGAUGUAGAAGUCAUGUCUGGGUUGAUGGAGGUUGUUGAACAAUUUUAUCAUGAUAAUGAUGAGGCGAUAAACAAGGUACUUAACAUAGAAUUACCCAAGUUUAAAAAGAUGGAAGACAUGUUUGGGAAGGUUGCUGCCACAAAAGCUAUUACCAAUGCAAAUUUCAAUGCCGGCGAGUGGUGGGCAACUUAUGGACUAAAAACUCCUACAUUGAUGCACAUGGCUUUAAGGAUACUCAACUUGACCACAAGCUCAUCCGGAUGUGAAAGAAAUUGGAGCGUUUUUGAACAAGUUGAUGCAAAGAGGAGAAAUAAACUAGAUAUCCGCCGUAGAGAUGAUCUAGUUUAUAUUCAAUUCAAUGGAAGAAUGAUGGACAAGAGAAAGAAGUUUGAGUCAUCUUGUGAUGUUCUCCUUGGUGAAGAUGCUUCCAUGGCACAAGAUUGGAUAUGUGAAGGAGCUUACAAAGAUGAGGAGGUUGAUCCAAUUACGGGGCUUCCAUACUCCAAUAGUGAUGAUGCACUGGGAGGUACUGAAGCUAUGCAACCUCGUAGAAGUGCAAGAGUGAGAGAACUCCAUGAGGUGGAAGAGUUUGUUUCCGAUGAAGAGGAAGAACAAGUGGUUGUCAAUGAGGAUGAGAUAGAGUUCGAGUCUGAUGAUGAUGGGGUGCUAGAGACCAAAGACAAUGAAGAUGAGGAGGAGCCGAUUGAGUCUUGA